CUCUCUCUUUUUCCUGUCGGCUUUCCUUUCAUUUUUCUCGCCUGGUUGGGUUCAUCUUCGGUUUGAACUCUUCUCUCUUUUCUCCUCCUCUUCGUCUCUCCGGUCUUCGUCUCGUUUGCCCCGAUUGGGAGAUUCAACCCUCGGUUUUGAACACAUUCGCUGGCCCACUAGUGACUUCUUUAUCUCCUUCCCCUUUUGAUUCUAGAAGCCUUCCCUCCGUUCAGGGCAUUCGCGCACCUCCUCUGGCGCACCGCGCCCCCAGUCCUUAGCCAGCUUUGCGCAUUUCAAGCCCCAGGGCUCUCUAGAUCGUCGGCCUCGGCUUGUCCCGCCCUUCUUAUAUUCCCAUCCUCCAUUUUUAUCCACCUGUUUCGAAACCCCUCCGCCCCUCGUAAGCGGAGCCAGCAACCGUCAAGAUGGUCGACGAAAAGAAAACAGACGACUACACCAUCGAGAUGGACAAGAUAGAGCAGAACAAGAGCUUCGAGCCCGUUGCGCCCCCGCCUCAACCUAGGGGCACCUCGACCCUUGCGAACAACAACAGCCCUAUCCUGCCUGUGUUGGCAUACUGCGGGUCGUCGAUCUUGAUGACGGUCAUGAAUAAAUACGUCCUUUCUGGCACCGAUUUCAACCUCAAUUUCUUUCUCCUUUGCAUUCAGUCUCUCGUCUGCAUCAUAGCGAUUCAAACAUGUAAAACGAGCGGUUUGAUCACCUACCGCAAUUUCAGCCCGGAUGAGGCGAGGAAGUGGUUCCCCAUCACUUUACUCCUGAUUGGCAUGAUCUACACCGGCUCCAAGGCGCUUCAAUUUCUCUCCAUUCCGGUGUACACCAUCUUCAAGAACUUGACCAUUAUCUUGAUUGCCUAUGGAGAAGUGCUGUGGUUCGGUGGCUCCGUCUCUGGACUCACCCUUUUCUCUUUCGGUCUCAUGGUCUUCAGUUCGCUCAUCGCCGCGUGGGCCGAUAUCAAGCAUGCCGUGGAGAGCAGUGCCGAUGCGACCGCCAAGGUCUCCACGCUCAAUGCUGGAUACGUCUGGAUGCUGGUCAACUGUCUCUGCACGUCGUCUUACGUCCUUGGCAUGCGCAAGAGGAUCAAGUUGACCAACUUCAAGGACUUUGACACCAUGUUUUACAACAACCUUCUGUCCAUUCCUGUUCUGCUUGUGUGCACCUUUUUUAUGGAAGACUGGUCGUCCGCCAACAUCACCCGCAACUUCCCUCCUGCCGACCGUAACAACAUUCUGUUUGCGAUGAUCCUGUCUGGUCUGUCGUCCGUGUUCAUCUCGUACACCUCCGCCUGGUGCGUUCGUGUGACUUCCUCGACCACUUACUCCAUGGUUGGCGCUCUCAACAAACUGCCCAUCGCGGUAUCGGGACUGGUCUUCUUCGAUGCCCCUGUGACGUUCCCCAGCGUGUCGGCCAUCUUCGUCGGUUUCGUUAGUGGUAUCGUCUACGCCGUCGCCAAGAUCAAGCAGAACGCGAAGCCCAGGACUGGCAUGUUACCCACAUCCAACCCUGUCAGCGCCAGCAGCCAGAGUAUGAGAGACUCGCUGCGUUCGUAAACCAUUCCACCAGGUUGGUUUCAUUCCGGAUGGUGUCGCGUGGAAGGGGUCGCCGAGCCAGGUCAGCUUGCUGAUCGCUCAGCGCCCGGGGCAUCAUUUCGCUUUACUGUCUCGCCAAGAGCAGAAACCUUCCAACCUUGUAUGUGAUAUGUGACGCAUGUUUCAUUGCAACCGAAGUCCUCUGGUCGGACUUGCUCGACCGGAUGACGCUGGAAUCUCAUUUUUUGGUCUUUUCUCUUUUUUUUAUUAUCUCCUUAUAGUAUAUCUUUGACUUUGGCAGGUGUUGGCGGCUGUACAUUAUCUUCGCAUCGAUCCUCAUGGGAACUAACUCUUCUGGUCCUUUUUCACGACCUGGCGCGAUUGCGCUUCGUAUGCAUACUAUUUUUCUCUCCUUUUCCACUUAAUGGGAAGGGCAAGAGGAGUGAAAUGACAGCUUGUCUGGACCAUCACAGUCAAGAUAUAUACAACCGACUUGUCUGAUGUGGAAGAAAGUUUUCCGCCUUGGCAUCAUUGCAAGCGAGGAUUAUAAUACUGUAUUGUAUUUAUCCUAUACGUAACUUCUUUAAUAUGAUUUUCACCAAGG